CUUGCCUGAAAUCUGCUCCCCUCUACCUUCUUCUCCAACGCACUUCACAGAGGAAAAAAAAGAAAAGCACAGAAACAGGAAAAGACAGAAAAACGCCAGCAUGGGGAUCAGCACCCUUUUUUCGACAAAAAGAACCAAAUCGAUCCACUAUGCAGACGAAGACAUCGAAAGAAGAAACGCACGGGAUUCUCGGAUUCAUCCGCAGCACAGGUUGCUCACCCCGUUUUUGCUUGACAAGCGGGUUCCACCCAUUCCAACAGAAGAAGAGAGAAUUGAAUUCCCCUUCAGGAAAACAAAUCUCUUCAGCGAGAGCUUCUAUCUCUGGUGUCUUCCGCUUUUGAGCGUCGGCUACCGAAGAACCAUCCAGCCGGAAGACUUGUACAAGAUCCCACGAGGUUCGACCUAUGACGUUGAAAGUAGAACAAAGAUCUUCUUGGGACACUUCUACGCGAUGAAAGAACGCGCAGAAACACACCACAUGGAAAGAUAUCACAUUGAAGAUACGCCUGAAAAUAGAGAACAGCUCCAGUUCAGCCCAGAUUUCAAGUACCCGAGGUACCUGGUUCUAUUGGCGCUCUACAAGACCUACUUCUUUAACUUCACUUUCGCCACGCUCUGCAAAGCGUUGGCUGACGUCGCUUCUGCCCUCAAUACCCUUCAAAUCAAAGCCUUAAUCAACUAUGUCCAUAAAAAGGCUUUGCAUGAAGAGGUUGGCAAGAGCGGAUACGGGUUAGCAGUCGGUGUUGCAUGCGUCGUCUUUGUAAUCGGUUUGCUGUAUGCAAGGAACUUCAACGACGCAAGUUUCUGUGGUGCCGAAAUCAAAGGUGUGUUGACCAAGGUAUUGUUGGAUAAAUCUUUCAGGCUCAGUAAAGACUCGAGAACAAAGUUUCCUUCUUCCACAGUAACUGCAUAUCUCGGUAAUGACUUAUCUAAAAUCGAUUUGGCAACAAAUUUUUUCUCUUUCAUUGUGUGUUUGCCAAUAGGUUUGGGUAUAACUAUCGCCUUACUCGCAGUCAACUUGGGUGGUGCUUCCCUAUCCGGUAUUGCAUGGUUCAUAUUGAUCACGGGGUUCAUAAUGUACUCCACGAGAUACUUGAUGAGAUGGAGGAAAUCUGUCAAUGUCCAGACAGACGCGAGAGUCAAACACACAAAAGAAGUCCUAAUCAACAUCAAAAUGAUUAAAUACUAUGCGUGGGAGAUUCCCUUCACCAAAUUAAUCUCCAAGUUGAGAUCUCAAGAGAUGAAAAUCAUGUUGAAAGUCCAGUUCUUUAGAAACAUGAUCACAGGUAUUGCGGUCACACUCCCAAUGUGCUCUGCAUUGAUUGGGUUCUUGUCAAUGUAUGGUCAAUUGGGUGGCUUGAAAAAUGCCUCAAAUAUCUUUUCAUCUGUCACUUUGUUUAACAUUUUGACAAUGCAUGUGGCAAUGUUACCAACUGCCCUCACCUCUGCAAGUGACGCAUGGAUUGCAUUUACUAGAGUCCAAGAAUUUUUACUUGCCGAAGAGUCAAAGCCUGAUGUAAAUUAUCACAAAACUGAGUACAACCCUCAAAAACCUGCAAUUAACAUUAAAAAUGCUGCUUUUGACUGGCUCAAACCAAGCGAUGAUACCUGUUCAGUGGGUUCAGGCUUAACCGAAUCCGUGACUUCCGAAAAGCAUUCUUUGACUGAUGAACUUACCGAAAAGCAAACGCUUAAUUUGCACGGCAUUGAUAUACAGAUCAAGCAUGGUGAAUUCAUUGUCAUUACAGGUACCAUUGGUUCUGGUAAAUCUUCCUUAUUAGCUGCAAUUAAUGGCACUAUGACUAGAGUAACUGGGGCAGUUGACAUCUCUGGUGACCUAGUCUUGUGUGCCAAUCCGUGGAUUCAAAACACUACUGUGAGAGAAAAUAUCACUUUUGGUUUAGAUUACGAUAGGGAAACCUAUCAAACAGUUAUUGAAAGUUGUGCGUUGCCUAGUGAUUUCGAGAUUUUGCCCGCAGGUGAUAUGACUGAAAUUGGUGAACGUGGUGUCAAUCUUUCUGGUGGUCAAAAAGCACGGAUAAGCUUGGCCCGUACUGUUUACAGAGCAUAUACGUUGAAAGAAUACAACAUUGUGAUGUUCGAUGACGUUCUAAGUGCUGUCGAUGCAAAAGUCGGUAAGCACAUUAUGCAAGAAUGUAUUCUAGGAUUAUUGCGUGAUAAGACACGUAUUCUAGCAACUCAUCAAUUGUCUCUCAUUGGUGAAGCCGACAGAAUUGUCUACAUGAAUGGUGAUGGAACUACCGAUAUAGGCACUCAUGAAGAGCUGGUUGAAAGAAAUGAUCGUUUCAGAGCUUUGAUGGAUUUCCAAAUGGAAGGAGAAGUUAAAGCAGAAGAGGAUGAAGAUGACGAAGAUUUAGAUGUCAAAGAAAGUGAACUCAAAUUGAUAAGAAAGCAAACUACUAAAGAUGAAAGACAGGGUAGAAUGAUCCAAGUAGAGCAUAUCAAAAGUAAUGCAAUAUCAAAAACAAUGUUUGCAGCGUACCUUCGUUCAGGGUGUGGCAAACUUGGUCCUAGGAUCGUUCUUUCAAACUUGUUAUGUGCAAUUAUCUUAACUUCAUUUUGCAUGUUAUUUGAAAAUGUCUGGUUAUCAUUCUGGUCACUUAGAAAAUUCAAAGCCUAUGGUGAUCCUUUUUACAUUGGAAUUUAUGUCAUGGUAACAUGUUUCUUCGUACUUUGUGCUAUUUGGCAAUUUUGUACCAUUGCUUUCAUUUCAAAUAGAGCAUCAAAACUCCUCAAUCUAAGUUGCUUGAGAAACAUAAUGUAUGCCCCAAUGUCAUUCUUCGAUACUACACCACUUGGAAGAAUAAUGAAUCGAUUCACUAAGGACACAGAUGUUUUGGAUAAUGAGAUUGCGGAACAAGCAAGGUUGACAUGUUUAGGUUUUGGAAAUGUCAUUGGUGUGUUGAUACUUUGUAUCAUUUACUUACCGUGGUUUGCAAUUACUAUUCCAGUUUUAUUUUUGUUUGUUAUAGUUAUCUUCUCAUACUAUCAGGCAACGUCAAGAGAAAUCAAGCGUAUUGAGGGAGCUGCCAGAUCCUUUGUGUUCUCUAAUUUUGAUGAAGCUUUACAAGGUAUGUCUACCAUUAAAUUGUUUUCGGCUUCAAGAAGGUUCAUGGAUAGGAAUUCUAAAAAUAUCAAUGUCAUGAAUGAAUCAUACUUUGCAGCCGUUUGUCUCAUGAGAUGGUUUUCUAUUCCUCUCCAUGGCGCAGCCGGUUCUAUCAGUUUGGUAAUUACAAUGUUAUGUGUUUCCAAUGCCUACCCCAUAUCCGCUGCAGGUUCGGGUUUACUAAUCUCGUUUGCAGUUCAAUUUAGUAUGCAAAUCAUUAGUUCAACAAGAGCUUUAGGUCAGCUCGAACAGCUACUUUCUUCAGUUGAACGCAUUUGUGAAUAUGCCACAGAGUUACCCAGUGAAGCAAGUUACAACACUCCAGAAAGCAUAGAGCUUCCAAAAUCUUGGCCUCAGUCGGGUGCUAUCAAAUUCAAUAAAGUUUCAUUGAAAUAUCGUGAAGAGCUACCACUAGUUUUGAAAAACAUGACACUGGACAUCAAAGCAGGUGAAAAAAUUGGUAUCUGUGGCCGUACAGGAGCAGGAAAAUCUACGAUUAUGACUGCAUUGUAUAGGCUAAGCGAACCAGAGGGGGGAAACAUUGAAAUCGAUGGGGUUGAUAUACAGAGUAUUGGGCUUUUCGAUUUGCGUUCAAGAUUAGCGAUUAUUCCACAGGAUCCGGUAUUAUUUCGUGGUGAUAUUAGAAGAAAUUUGGAUCCGUUUGGCGAACUGAGUGACUCGGUACUGAAAUCAGCUUUAGAUAUUGCAUCUGGAUAUGCGUCGAGCGAUCAUGAUAAAGAUUCCGAAAUUGACAUAAUUCAGGCCUCGGAUAGUAAUACUGAUAAUGAAAAGAAGUUUUCGUUGGAUACUUUUGUUGAAGACGAUGGUGCCAAUUUUUCACUAGGGGAGAGGCAAGUUAUCGCACUUUGCCGUGCAUUGAUUAGAAAUACCAAAAUUUUGAUCCUUGAUGAAGCAACAUCCAGCGUAGACUAUGAGACUGAUGCGAGAAUUCAAGAAACGAUUUCAAACGGUUUCAGAGAUUGUACUAUUUUGUGCAUUGCUCAUCGUUUAAGAACAAUCCUCAACUACGACCGUAUUCUCGUUAUGGAUAAGGGAGAAUGUGCCGAAUUUGACACUCCAAAAAAGUUGUGGAUGGCGGAAGGAAUAUUCCGUAGCAUGUGCGAUAAGUCCGGGAUUGACGAAAACGACUUUCAACCCAGCUGAAAACGAUUUACAUUAUUCGGGAAAAUGUGUGUAGUCAUAAAAAAUUUAUUAUAGCGUUAGUAAAUUAAAUAUUGUAGUUCUCAGAACAGAAAGGACAUCGAAUUAGGA